UCGGCGUAAUGUUGAAUAAAGCAGGAGUGAGUACUGUAGGCAGGUAGAUAUCUGGGGGAGCGAAGGGAAGGAGAGCAAUAGGAUGUUGGCUGCUUUGUUUGUUGCUAUGGCGGUGCUGACCUGCUUGCUGCUUGCUCCCUUCCGGUUGCUCACCUGUUCACGUUGCAACAACAGAGGGCCGGUACACAACACUCAACGUUUCAUCCCCGCAUCCGACAUGGAACAGGACAUGGAACUGGAUGACAGGAAUGCGGGCCACGCCACAUGCAUUGACCGAUUCUUGGAUGAAAUGCAAAUGAGUACAUAUAUUGACAUUGAACGAGAUAUGGAAUUGAGAGAGAUGGGUUUCCUAUGAUUUUCGCUCAUAUCACAAUAUAACCCGUCAAAUCGAUUUCAGCCAAAGUACAUGUCGG